AUGACGGCCGCCACAACGGAGGGGCUCGAGCCUUUCGACAUCGCUCACCCUGAAGAGUGGGAGGACUAUGCAGAACGUUUCCAGUUCUUCCUCGAGGCGCAGGGCGUUACGGACGCCAGCAAGAAGAGAUCGACAUUCCUCAGCCGCUGCGGUCCCGCCACCUUUCAAUUAGCCAGGGCGCUCGUGGCACCGGCCCAGCUGAAGGAUACACCUUUCGAAACAAUCCUCGCCGUUCUGCGCGACCACCUAGCGCCGAAACCACCGGAGCUUGCCAGACGAUAUGAAUUCCAUCGCCGCGACCAGGCACCAAGUGAGUCUGCCGCCGCCUACCUCGCUGCUCUUCGAACGACGGCACAGCACUGCAACUUCAACGACCUCGACACCGUGCUACGGGACCGAUUCGUGUUCGGACUGCAGAACGACACGGUGAAGCGGCGACUACUGGCGAAAAAAGAGGUGUCUUUCACCAGUGCUGUCGAGGAAGCAGUCGCCGCCGAGGCCAUUGCCCGGGAAGCCAGCCUACCCUCGUUUCAAACCACGAACACGUCGCGUUUCGAGCCCGUGCACCAAGGGACGACGACUGGCGAUGAUGGCGAGCAAGACACCGCCGAAGAUGUUCUUCGGUUACGUGCGAGCCCCACUGAGCGACGGAACACCGAGAGAUUGGGGGGCGGCCCCUGCGCCAGCUGUGGAGGCCCGCACGAACGCCGUCUGUGUCGGUUCCGGGGUGCCCAGUGCAGGGAACGUGGAAAAACCGGGCACAUUGCUAAGGUCUGCUGGUCCCGGAGACAGCUUAGCCCACGUCGGAAUGCCAGAGACCAAGCCCGGACGCAACAAUUCAAGACCACUCCUCGCACAAACAUUUCAUACUGCGACGACUUGGCAGUUAGUGCUAUCAACGAAGUGUCUAAACCCGCCAAGAGGAAGAUACAUGUGAGUGUAAAAAUCGAAGGCACACAGUGUCAGAUGGAGGUGGAUUCGGGAUCAACCUUUUCCAUUAUCUCCGACGCCACAGCCAGACACAUUUUUCCAAAGGGACGUGUCCAAAACCUACAGCCACUUGACGUUAUCAUGAGGGACUAUCAAGCCAACCGUAUCGCUGUACGUGGAGUUGGUACCGUCCGAGUGCAGUUCAAAGAUUUUGACGGCCCACUGCGCCUGGUCAUUGUCAAGGGCGAGCGCCCAAGUCUUCUCGGGCUGGAUUGGUUUCCGGCACUCGGUAUCAAUAUCACGGGAGUGCAAAUCAUCGAUCAGCAACCAUCCUCACUUGACAACAUAUUCCGGGACUUUGCCUCUGUGUUCGACGGGACGCUGGGCUGCUACAAGGGACCGCCCGUGCAGUUUGCACUUAACCCUGAGGUUGUGCCUAUCCGCCUGAAAGCAAGAAGGGUUCCUUUCACACUGCGACCAAAAAUCGACGCCGAACUGGACAAACUGAUACAACAAGGAAUCCUAGAGCCGGUUGACCACGCUCGUUGGGAAACCCCUAUUGUUACACCACUGAAGGCAAAUGGGGACGUCCGCAUCUGUGCAGACUACAAGUGCACCAUCAACAAAGCCUUGCAGCAGCACUCGUAUCCGGUACCAGCUGUCAACCACCUGCUGGCAUCCCUCUCUGGUGGAACUGUCUUUGCGAAGCUAGACUUGGCACAGGCGUACCAACAGCUCCCAGUGACUGAUGAAUCUGCAGAGGCACAGACCAUUGUGACGCAUCGGGGUGCUUUUCGCGUUCGACGAUUACAAUUCGGUGUCAGCGUCGCACCUGGCAUCUUCCAGAGUUUAAUGGAGAACCUACUACGCGGACUACCAGGCGUCAUUCCAUAUUUUGAUGAUGUCCUCAUUUCAGGUGCAUCACACCAGGAAUUGCUUGGUCGCCUUCGAGAGGUCCUUCAGCGGUUCCAAGAUGCAGGGCUUAAGGUCAAGGAGGAUAAAUGCCAGCUAGGAGUGACUCAAGUGGAAUUUUUAGGUUUCCGAGUCGAUGCUGAGGGAAUCCACCCCACACUGGCCAAGACGCAAGCCAUCCUUAAUGCACCGCGGCCGUUGAACAGAGCUGAGCUACAGGCCUUCCUGGGUCUUCUCAAUUUCUAUCAUGCAUUCCUUCCACACAAGGCCACUGUCGCUGAACCCCUGCACCGUUUGUUAGACAAGAAGGUCCCCUAGCUGUGGGGAAACCUACAACAAACUGCGUUCGACAAUGUGAAGAAGCUACUGGCAUCCAACCAGGUGCUGACACACUUCGACGAGAAGAAGCCGGUAAUCCUUACCUGCGAUGCGUCCCCGUAUGGAAUAGGAGCGGUGUUGAGUCACAGAAUGCCGGAUGACACGGAAGCACCAAUCGCUUUUUAUUCAAGAACCUUGUCCCCUACGGAGCGGAAUUACGCUCAGAUCGAUAAGGAGACACUCGCUGUGGUUGCCGGAGUAAAGAAGUUCCAUGACUACGUAUUCGGCCGCCCAUUUCAGAUCCAUACAGACCACAAGCCGCUCCUGGGGCUCUUCACAUCAGACCGGCAAACGCCACAGAUGCUUUCACCGCGAAUGUUGCGUUGGUCCAUUUUUCUGAAUGGAUACCAGCAUACUCUCCACUACCGACCAGGAAAACAGUUAGGCCACGCAGAUGGUCUCAGUAGACUGCCCCAAGCGGACCAGUGCCAGGAUGACCCUUCGCCAGCGGAGGUCGUCAUGCUUCUGGACGUACUUCCAGAAUCUCCAGUCUAUGCAGACGAUGUGGCGAAGUACUCCUCCAAGGACGCUAUCCUCUCCCGCGUCCUCAACUGGGUGUGGAAGGGGUGGCCAAGAUGCGCUCCGAGUUGCGAAUUCACACCAUUCGUGUCCAGACAACAUAAGCUGUCCGCCCACAAGGGAUGCUUACUGUGGGGUGACCGUGUGGUGAUUCCACAGGAGCUUCGUUUCCGGGUCCUCAAAGCUCUGCAUGUCGGACACCCCGGCAUCGUCAGAAUGAAAGCGCUUGCCCGCAGUUAUGUAUGGUGGCCCGGCAUGGAUGCGGCCAUUGAGGAAUGGGUCCGGCGAUGCCUUCCUUGCCAGGAAACACGGCCCGAGAUGCCGCGGGCACCUGUGCACCCAUGGGAGACGACCCGGACUCCUUGGUCACGCCUGCAUAUUGAUUUCGCUGGUCCAUUCCAAGGACAGACCUUCGUGAUUGUGGUGGAUUCUUAUUCCAAAUGGCUGGAGGUCAUGCCAAUGUCGUCAAUGACAUCGAGUGCUGUAAUCACUACCUUACGAAGAAUGUUUGCAACUCAUGGCCUGCCAGAUACCCUCGUUUCAGACAAUGGCCCACAAUUCACAUCCACAGAAUUUCGAGGGUUCCUGGAUGCAAACCUCAUCCGCCAAGUGACAUCUGCACCGUUCCAUCCAUCCACGAACGGGCAGGCUGAAAGGAUGGUACGGACCACCAAAGAGGCAUUAUCUCGGAUAAUCCGAGGAAGCUGGGUACAGCGCCUGGCAGACUUCACUCUACAGCAGCAUGUAACUCCCCACACAGUCACGGGACGCUCCCCGUGCGAGUUACUGAUGGGCCGCCGACUGUCUACCAUGCUGGACCGGCUGCACCCAGACCGGGCCCCUGACAAGUCCUCCCGGUUGGCAGAAGCUCUGCCUACACCACGCACAUUCCAGCCCGACGACCCUGUAUUUGUACGCAAUUACAGCCAGGGCCCACCAUGGGUACCUGCUGUGAUUUCCAGAGCAACUGCCCGAUCUCUUAUGAGGUGGUUUUUCCGGACAGCCGUGUGUGUCGCCGGCACGUGGACCAGCAUCGUCGUCGGAGCAGCAGUCCCAUGAGGUUAGCCGAAAGCGUACCUGAAGGAGGACAGCCUGAGGUCCGGCCUGCGUCAAACCCUUCACCUGUCGGAGUGAGCUGCAGCAAGACACCAGAUCCCAGUGAAACCGAGGAGCAACCAAGAGUCAUGCUACCAUCUGAGGAGCAACCAAGAGUCAUGCUACCUUCGGACGACACAGCAGCGGCUCAGCCAGCAACAACAGAGCAAAGUGUAGAAUUGCCGGGGCCACGCCGUUCGCAGCGUUCCCGUAAGACACCCCAACAUCUUCGGGACUUUGUGCUGGCAUUGGCGGACUGUUGAGUCCGAACUAAGGGGGGUAAGUGUUGUGUACCGAUUCUGGACGCUGAGUUCCGCGGAUGACGGAUUUUCGUCAAUCAACCCUGGUGUUGAAGAGCGCCCUCUUCCGGCCCCAAGAGUAUAUAUAUAUAUAUAUAUAU